AUGGCCAUAGAAGCACUUAAUAACGUCACCAUGGCCAGAGAAGCACUUAAUGACGUCACCUUGGCCAUAGAAGCACUUAAUGACGUCACCAUGGUCAUAGAAGCACUUAAUGACGUCACCUUGGCUAAAGAAGCGCGGCUGUACGAGACCCGGGAGGUGGCGGCUCCUGAGCUACGCCCGCAGCCCGUCGACCUGCUGCCGCCCAAGGUGAAGGAGCAGGAGAGCGCGGUGCUGGAGGGCGUGGGCGUGCGGGAGGAGGAGGACAGGCGCGUGGCCAUACGCAUCAAGCUGUGCGGGGAGUGUGGCGCGCGUCAUGUGGCCGGCACCUGCCCCUUCUCCCGCCCCACCCACGUCCUCCCUGACACAUGCCCGCCGCCCUCGCACACCCACGAACUGCCGCAGCAGAAUGGCGUGAUCGUGGCGCCGCCCCACAGAGAUUCCCCCGUCAACUUGUCUGGCGGGGGGCUAGGACGGGAGGAAGAGCGAGAGGGUGAGACAUGGAGGGACCCCCAGCGGCCAGGCUCCCCCACCUGCUACGCCCGCACCUCCCUUCCUCCCGGCCUCUGCCUGGAGCGACGCGUCCUCCCGCCUCCGCACGAUAGCUCUGUUGACAGCGACAGUGACGUGGGCGUGGUGGGCGUGACGCAGGUACCAGGGCGGCAGGUAGAGGUGGUGGUGGCGAGGGCUGCAAUCACCCGCUACACCCAGCUGGGCCCCGUGGUGGGCGUCCCCGUCAGGGAGCGAGACAUCCCCGACGACUUCUGCAUGGUUAACCUGUGGGAGGUGUUCAGCGGGGAAGGGAAGCGCUACGUGAGCACGGUGGACCCUCGACGCAGCAACUGGACGCGCUACCUGAGACCGGCACCAGACAGAGACUCAGCCAACCUGGUGGUCGUCCUCAGACCCAUCCUCGACCCCGGCGAUGACACCUCUGGCAUGGUUGUGAUGGGCGGCGUGGGCGGCGUGGGCGGUAUUGGCGUGUUCCUCAUCACCACCCAGGACGUAAGCGUGGGUCAGGAACUGAUGUUCUGGGCCCACGACCCUACCCUCGCCUGGUCCCGCAAGAAGAUGGAGAAAACCAGGUGGGAGCAAAUGAGUGAGAACGAGCGAGAAUGGGUGAGAACGAGCGAGAAUGGAUGGGAACGAACGAGAAUGGGUGGGAACGGGCGAGAAUGGAUGAGAACAAGCGAAGAUGUGUUAGAACAGACGAGAAUGGGUGGGAACGGACGAGAAUGGAUGCCAUUAAACCACACUAGUUCCUCUCAGAUCAUCCUUAAGCCACCUUAG